AUGGACCCAGUGCUUGCACAAAUCUAUCGCGAGCAUCCGAACACCGCCUGUUUUUCCGGCGGAGUCGACAGUUUGAUUGUAACCAUCGCCACCUGCUACAUAUUUGUCGCAGUUGCAUUCGGAGCUUUUUUCUUGGGAUUUAUUUACAUAACAAUUAAUCGAUCCAAGUUCACGGCUAAUACGUACCGCUUACAAAUGAUGCUGUUCUGGUCGUUAAUCGCUCAGAUGGCAGCCUUUGUUGUGUUUAUGUUGAUCCCCGGAACAGUGUAUCUUGGAGGAGCCACGCUGAAGUUUCGGAAUUUACCCAAAAUCAGCGUGAUUUGCUUCUUUUUCUUUGUAUCCCACACUACCGUUGACAGUCUGAUGGUGCUGUUCUUUAUCAAGCCUUAUCGUAGGGCUGUUUUUUACAACGUGAAGCGCAUUUUCGCGUCAUCCCAAUUUGUUGACAGGACGUCCAUGUCUGUUAGUGAGCGUGAAAUUGUAAAGGAAAAUACGCUGACCAGGGUCCGACCAGCGGUAUCCCGCAAAGACUAA